ACUUCAAAAAUUCAGCUGAAAAGACCCACUGAAUUCUCAGCCUGAGAAAUCCAAUACUAUUCAAUCGUUUUAGCAAAUGGGCAUUGUUGAUUAUUCGUAUUUUCAUUUCUGUCCUCCCUUUUGCUGUCAUUGGCGGAAUGUCAUAUUUCAGAAUAGCAUCGAGCACAUCGGCCCAAAGAGGCUGGACGAUGAGUUGGUUGGCCGUGGAAAUGGGAAUACCCAUACGACCGUUCCUUGCCAACGUGAUUGCAAAGCAAUUUUAUGACACGUUUCGCAUUCUACAUCGUUUAUGCAUGAACCCGUCUGAUCGUGGUGCCAGAGAGAUGUUGACAGACAAACGCUUCUUUCACUGUAGGAUAUAUUCUGCUGCUCGGUCUGCUAAGUGUCCCAGCUAUUGGGGGGUUUAUUGUAGUUGGGCCAAAUGCUUGAGGAUUUUGGCUCAUGUUCUGUUUUGUGAAUUAUAAAAUGGAAAAGAUUUCUAGACCGGAAAACAAGGACUCUCAAAUGGAGGUUGAAUUUUUAAAAAUUGUCUAACAUGGCAACGGAAUGCAGCAAAGCUGAAGAGACAAGAAAAAUAAUAUGUAACAUAAA